AAGGAUGUUGUUCUCGACAGUGAUUUAACUUUCGCGGAGAGAUGUGAAUUCGACGCUUUUGCAAGCUUAAUGCUUCAUUCCUUUUAUCCUGCAAUGCUACAUACUUUAUGGCUUGAUCAGUUCAAUUACCCAACAAUUACAUAUCAUUGGUAUUUUAUCAAUCUUCGCUUUCCAUAUAGUCUUUAUUAUUUGGAAAGUUGUCGACGACGUGCACAAGCCUACGUCGAAUCUCGUGGUCGAACUGAAAAACAAUUAAUUUGCGAUGCUGUUGAAGCCAUCAAUUUAAUUGCUGUAAAAUUAGGAGAAAAUAAAUAUUUUUACGGUGAUAAGCCAACUUCAUUGGAUGCGCUUAUAUUUGGUUAUCUUGCUCCUAUAUUGAAAUUACCAUUACCUUCCGAUCGUCUUCAACAACAUAUUUUAGGAUGUCCCAAUUUAGUGCGCUUUAUUGAAUCUAUUAUUAGUAUUUAUUUGCCUCUGAAUGAAAAACCUUUUUCUUAUUUACAAAGAGAAAAAUCUCAAAAAAAUUUUCAUUUUGCCUUCUACUACAGUAUUCUAUUUCCUUUUCAGAAUCGAUUAAACGAAACAUUAUUAUUUUGCAUUGGUGCAGUGUCUUUGUCUGUGUUUUUUGCGAUCCAUCUGGGACUGAUCACUAUUCAAGACAAAGUUGCAUCAGUUGAAAUUAACGACGACUUAUAA